AUCAAGAAUUCUUAACCUUAUGUUAUUUGGAGGAGGGAACCACGCUAUAAUUGUGCGCACCAAGUACCUGCAUGGUGUGAAGGAGGGGAGGGGAGGGAAGAAAAGGGGGGUAAAGGGGAUGCAGAGGAGGCGGGGAGAGUGAAGCUCUUCUCCCUCUAAGAGCAUUAACCGUCGAGUGUUCUGGCGGUGACAGGGCUGUCAGGGUCAGAUGGCUGCUCAGCCUGAUUACACCAGCUCACCGGCGUAGAUCCUCGGCGACUCUACUACAUCGUGCCAAGCUAACACGUUCGAUUUGUGCGACGCAUUUCGCUUCUUUUUCUCGCGGAGCCAGUCGCGUCAUCCGGGAAGGAGCUACAGGUGGUUGCACAACACCUUCCAGACUACCUUCUCGGUGCAGUUGUUGGGAGAAUCACGCGUCUCUAUCGAGGGAUGACACGGACCAUCUAAAGCGAAACACUGGUUGAUGGCGUUUGUGCGACAGAGUGGUGACUACUGCCACGCCCAACACAUGUAGACCCAACCAAUGAUGUAUUUCUACCAUGCCGUUUUGGGACCCUGAAAUCUGAAGAAACAAAUUGUGCCUGAUGGGGUAAAAAGUGGAGCCUCAAAAUUGAAGUGGAGAAGGACUGGAAGACCUUCAGUUGCAGAGCAUAAAGGACUAAAGAGAAGAACUGAUAUCAGUUCUGUGAUAAUAUCACACAGAGCUGACAUAUUGUUGCCUCUCGGGCUACGUAAAACUGAUGGGGUAAAAUAUUUUCCUCCAUUUGGGAAUCUUCUUUCUUAAAUUUCAAUAUUUACAUUUACAACUGAGGCCAUCCAUUCAUUGCAGCAGCUGUAGCGUGUGAAACUAAAGGUUCGAAGUCUUCCUGGGACAAUUGUGAGCCAUAAGACAAACUGGUCAUCAUGAACCGUCCAGCUCCUGUGGAACUGUGCCACAACCACAUGCGAUUUCUUAUAACACAUAACCCAACAGACAACACACUCAGCUCCUUCACAGAGGACCUGAAGCGGUUUGGGGUCACAACAGUGGUUCGAGUCUGUGACAUCACAUAUGACAAAACGCCACUGGAGAAAGAUGGCAUCACUGUCUUGGACUGGCCAUUUGACGACGGUGCCCCGCCCCCAAGUGUACUAGUUGAUGAUUGGUUGAGUUUAUUGAAGAAGAAAUUUCAUGAGGAACCUGGAAGCUGUGUGGCUGUUCACUGCGUGGCAGGUCUCGGAAGGGCUCCUGUGCUGGUUGCGCUGGCUUUGAUAGAGAGUGGAAUGAAGUAUGAAGAUGCUAUUCAACUGAUCCGACAGAAGCGUCGUGGAGCCAUCAACAGUAAACAACUAACUUACCUGGAGAAGUACCGAUCCAGGCAACGACUCCGCUUUAGUGAGUCAAACACCCACAAGAACAAGAAGUGUUGCAUUAUGUGAACGCACACAAUGUUAGUCACACAUUUGGACAAAAGAUUGCUUUACUCUUUAUAGGCCUUUCCUAGCUUUUGUUACCCUCCCUUCAUUAAAAUCCACUGGUUUCCCUGUUUGUUAUAACGGUGGGUCUUUAAAAAAAGAGUUUUACACUUUGAAUGUUUGCUUCAGUAGCUCGACCAGUGAUGAGGGAAUGGAAAAAGAUUGUUGAGGCUUGGGGAAGUUGCUUAGUAACAGAUAAGACAGUUCAUUGUAGAAAGGCAGGUUAAUCUUGCAGCAUGUGACCCCAAAUACACUGGAACAGUUAGGUUGUAGUUGUUUUUUUUUGUACAGCUAUUACAUCUAAUUUAUUGACAUCUAAAUUUUGAUUCUUGGAUGCCCUAAAGUUGUCUAAUUUGAAACAAUUCAAAGGAAAAAAACAACAACAAAGGGCUCAACUUGUCAGAGAUACAUACGUAUAUUUCGCAUGAAAAUGUUAAUGCUUUAAGCAUGUUGGUACUCAUAAAGCCUUCUCUUUGGUUUUCAUAGCCAAUGUUUGUGUGUUUACAUUUCAGAGUGCAAUUUGUUAUCCAUUCAAUGAAUUUGUGUUAGAGAAAGUUUUGGAGUAAACAUUAUGGCAACAAUAACCAUACUUGUCCCACUUGUUAAUGAGAGAACAUUUUUAAAAUAAAUAAAAUAAUAAUGUUAUUGCAUUUAAAUUAUAUAUUAUUAUGAAUAAUUAUGUUGAACCACAAUUAAGCAGUAAUGAUUUUGAUUGGUUAAUUUUCUUUGAAUUUUCUAUUACCAUUAUUAUUUCAUUAACAGAGGGGUGCCAAGAAUUUUGUCCGUGUGUAAAUGAUCAAAAUGCCUGAAAGGUGUGGACUAUAUGUAAAUAUAAAAAAUAUAUGUUGA